AUGUUCAUGCAACGAAACAUCUUCUUCGGCAUGCCGCUCAAGGUGAAUGUGGAGCCUACGCAGCCCGUCAGCUGCCCUAUCCCGAUAGAGCAAGCAAGGGACUUCAUGCAGCAGUUCAAGAUAACGCAUCUACCGACACUGCCCUUUUUCACGGAUUCACAGCUGGAAGAGACACUCAGCAGUCUGUACGAGCCUGGCCCCGAGUCAGAUGUUCAGCCCCAGCGAAAGGCGGUGUUGCUCGCAGCUCUUGCCCUUGGAGCUUUAGGCACACCGCAGACCGACGUCGCAGAAUCACUUUUCAUUCAUGCCAAGAAAGAGGCCGUCAUCUACGAGGACUCUGUCACAUUGCCAAUGAUUCAGUACUCGAUGCUUCUGGCCCACUACCAGCUCAACAUGGGGCGGCCUAAUUCGGCAUAUCUUCACAUGGGAGUCGCGAGCAGGAAAGCCCUUGCGAUGGGCCUGCACGUGGGAACCACGAGCUCCGUCUCUUGCCCCGAUGAGAUCCAAGCUCGUCUAAUUACUGUCUGGUCACUUUACUUUCUCGAGAUAUGGCUGAGUCUAGUUGUCGGGCGCCGUAGCAUGGUUGGAAAGGCAGAUUUUGCUUCUUGCGCAUUCCCUGACGGACAGCCGACGAUGGUGGCUCUGUGCCAAUUUGCAACCAUCAUCGAGGAGGCCGUGGAGUCGAUCUAUAACCGGAGGACGGACUCUCUCCGGCAACUUUAUGGGAAAGCCGAAAAGCUCUACGCACAGGUCCGUCAAUACGGCGACAAGUGGGGCCUCGGCUCCGUAAUCCCGGCGCAGCAGGAGGUGUGGAAUGCCGAAACAUCCUUGCUGAUGCACAACGUUUACUUCCAUCUGCCCUUCAGUCUGGGAAUGGCGCUGGGCAAACAGGCGACAUCUGGCUCCGACAAGCGUGCAGGCAUGCAACAGACGCAGCCCAAGACGCACUGGCUUUUACUAGCAGCAAGCUUCAUGGUCCUGAAGAUUGCAACGUAUCACGCUUUCUUCAUCGAGUCAUGCUGCGCAGUUCUCCUAUACGACAGCCUCCGCCAUCCAGCCAAACACCCGCACAACCUCGAGUACAUCCAGAUGGCCAUCUCUGGCUUGCAUUCUCUCGUCGGAGACGACCCUGUCACAAACGCAGUGCGUUCCAUCAAGAGAAUUGUGUGGGCCGUGGAGAGCUCCAUCAAUGCGUCGAGAACCACACUCGACGGGGGCUCCACGGAUUCGUCGCCGUCGUGGGCCGGCGACCGGUUCCCAACGAGCAUACAAUUCCCGUCGCUCGAUGAAAAUCGCGCGACAACCUCGGACGAUUUGAUCUAUUUCAGCAACAGGGGUUAUCGCCAGCAACCCGAGCCACUGCCUCAGGACUAUGCAAUGUCUUUGCCUGGGACAGCGCCCGGCUUGAACCCGUUUCCAGAUCUCAACUUUGACGUGCUGACGACGGAUCUGUUCAACUUCUUUCCGAUAGAUAUGAACGGUACACCUUCUGGGCACGGAUGA